UUAAAAUCUUAGCUUCCAUCAGAUAGUUCCAGGACCUGUAUCCUCUUACCGUAUAAACGUAUAAACGGGUCACACACGUUACAACCCCAUGGACGCACAACGUUUCGACCCCCUGCGGCGCACCAACAUGGUCAGUAUUUCCAGCGAGAAAACGAGCGCCAGUGAUGUACGGCCGGACCACGAGAUUGUAGUUGAUCUUGUUGAGGGAAAAUAUUCUGAUUUGAGGGGGUCGUGCCCUUCCCCUAAGGACACAUGCACUACACACGUCACUACGUCUGUCGACAAGGUUUCCACACAUACCAUCACCCGCUCUGAGCCCAAUCCCUGUGGUGGCGCUCCUAUAGUAUCUGUCACAGAGAUAGUGUUCAGGCGCCCUCCGUCUGGUGCAAACACCUCCUCUCCCUCUCAAUCUUCGCCAUCUGUGUCACCGCGAUCCAUCCCUCCUCCAAGCUCCAAUGACUCCGUCGACACGGUUGCCACAGGCACCAUCAUCCAUUCUGAUCCCAAUCCCUGUGGUGGCGCUCCUAUAGUAUCUCGCGCACAGAUGGUGUCCAGAGGAGUGUGGUCACACUCUCCGUGUCGCACACAGAUGGUGUUCACAGGGGUGUUGUCGCGCUCAUUUCCCACGAACACCUCCUCUCCCUCUCAAUCUUUUUCGCCAUCUGCGUCAUCACGAUCCACCCCUCCUCCAGCCAAUGAGCCCUUCGACGUGCUUGCUACAUAUGGUGUUCAGAGGGGUGUUGUCGCGCUCUCCGUCUUGCACACAGAUGGUGUUAACAGAGACGGUGUCGUGCCCUCCGGCUUGCACAAACACCUCAUCUCCGGCUCGCACAAACACCUCCUCUCCCCUCAAUCUUCUUCGCCAUCUGCAUCAUCGCAAUCCACCCCUCCUCCAGGCUUCAUAAAGCGAGCGCUCAACCGUUUCAAUACAACCUCAGCUUCUGAUAGCGACGUGGAUGAUCUGAAAGUGCACAGGAGGAAGAAGCACACGUUGCUGGUGAUUGUUAAGGAAAGAAGGGAGAAACACAAAGAUGAUCGGGCGUUCAAGGAUAUCGCGGGGAAUGUUUUUCCUGCUGCUAGUGUGAAGGGCAGCACUUGA